AUGUUCAGUGCAGGGAUGAAGGGGAGCUGGCUCUGCAGACAGGCAUCCCUGCAGCUAUUUACUAAGCAGUGUCACAGGCUGGCUGAGCAGAGGACUUGGAGGAAAGGUAAUUAUUGUGUAAAAGCUGAUUAGUAAUGGUGAGAACUUGCUGUCAUCACUAACUGACUGAGCAGCAUUAUAUAAAGGGGGGCUUGGAGGGGGGCUGUCAAAUUAUCCCCUCACUGCCCUAGAGAGCCAUGGACCCUCACUGAAUGGGCAAUACCUUAGGAUCAGGUGUGAUGGGAUCUCUAAUAAAAUGUUAUUACUAGUCAAAAGGUAACUAUAUGGGGGUAUGGCUCCCUUUUCAUGUAAUAUAUAGAUCAUUCAUUAAACAAAAUAAUGCAAAACAAAUUAUAAAAUUACUGUUAAAGUUACUACGCUUGUGAUUUGUAGUCUAGUUGGCGGCAACCUCACUAAUUUAAAGGGACACUAUAGUCACAAGAACAACUACAGCUUAUUGAAUUUGUUCUGGUGAGUAGAAUCAUUACCUUCAGGCUUUUUGCUGUAAACACUGUAUUUUCAGAGAAAAUGCAGUGUUUACAUUACAGCCUAGGGACACCUACACUGGCCACUCCUCUGAUGGCUGCCAGAGGUGCUUCGUGGGGCAGUGCUGCACAGUGUGACUGACAUUCAGUGCUCCCCAGCACAUACAUGGUUAAAACCCCUUUUAACAUUUACCUUAAAGGAACAAUAUAGUGUCGGGAAUGCAAACAUGUAUUCCUCACAUAUAGUUGUAAAAUCCCUGUUUAGGAUUCCAGCCCCCCUUACCUCCCGUUAAAAAGGUAGUUUAAUUUUUUUUUUUUCUAGCGCCACACCAGAGUCAUUGCGACUGGCUCCGCCUCCAUGGCUGAGAUCAUCAGAUGUGACAAUCUCAGCCAAUCCAAUAUGCUUUCCCAUAAGAAAGCAUUGGGAGGCUAUUGCGCAUGCUUGACAAUACUCUGCGAUGUGCCAGUCAGCAUCUCCUCAUAGAGAUGCUUUGAAUCUCUAUGGAAAUUGUGGAGAUGCUGAACGUCAGUGCUCAGCACUGACCCAGGAAGCACCUCCAGUGGCCGUCUGAGUGACUGUUACUAGAGAUGUUACUAGGCAGCAAUAUAAACACUGCCUAGAUAUGAAAAGGCAGUGUUUACAUUAAAAAGCCUGCAGGGACAGGCUCUAGACAUCAGAACCUUUACAUUAAGCUGUAGUUGUGCCGGUGACUAUGGUGACCAUUUAAUUUCAGCGCCAAGGUCCCUCUGCACUGGAUUGAGCUCCUCCAGCGAUAUCACAUUGAUGGAAGACCUAAUUCGCAUGUGAGGCGAGUGCUGAGAACGCAUUAGUGUUUCUCCACAGGAAAGCAUUGAUUUUUGAAGACGCUUGACAUCCAAUGUUGUUUCUCGGAGUUAACUCUGUGAAAAACAAGGAAGCUAGAGGUUGCCUUAACCAUGCAAUGUUUUCACUUGCAAGAUUAAGGGGAAAGAGGCAAUAAGUGUCUACAGUGUCUCGUUAAUUUUUUUAUUUUUUUUAAACAUCUAAGAGGAAUAUCGAAGAAUUGACAGGAGACUUUCAAAUUCUAGCCAAACUGGAAAUAUAGCAAAGUUGGAUACUAUUUCCAGCUUUGGCAAUACACAAAGGAGGAGGUUUAUCAAAACAAGAGUGUUGCUGUCAUGGGUGCAGUGUGUUAACCCCUUAAGGACCAAACUUCUGGAAUAAAAGGGAAUCAUGACAUGUCACACACGUCAUGUGUCCUUAAGGGGUUAAAGGAACGCUAAACACCAUAACCACUACAGCAAACGUAUGGUUACGAUGAUAAUAUCGUCCCUCUGUUUUCCAAUGCUACUUUAAAUUUAAUUAAUGUCUUUACAAUCUGCAACAUUUAUAUAUGACUGAACUGGUGUGUUGUGAUUAAUAUAAUUACAGUGCUGCACUUGUCUUUAUGACAGGAUAUGUUUUUCCACGCGUGUCUACCUAUCUUACACGCGCUUUCCAUGUUACUGGAAAUGACUGAUAAAUGUGCAACAAUAACUAAUCUAUUUUUCGCUGCUGUUAUUAAUCACCUGAUUCCAUAGUACAGCAGUUAGAAGUAUAACUUGUUUUAUUAAUCUCUUUUAUAUUGUUGAGAUUUAAACUGUUCUAUUAAUAAAUGGGAGGGGUGUGUUUUUUAACAUACAAUGUGUGUUGGGCAAGAGUUGACAUGUUUUUAUUACAAAAAAAGGAUAAGACUAGAGUGAAGUGGUUGUCCCACUAAAGAUGGAAAAAUGUUGGACAUCCACUUCACCAAAUGAUAUCUCCAGAUAGUUACAAUAAUUGUUAGGUAUAACCUUUAUUAAGCCGACUUAGGCAAAACACAAAAACAAUAAAUAAUAAUAAUAAAAAUAAAGUAAUAGUGAAACACUCGUGGGAAAAACACGUGAAGUAAAAAAGUGGGUAGAUGUAGGUUUGGAUAUCCUCAGUGUAUAUUGGGGUAAUUUGGAUAGCUUCACUGAAAACGCUAGUAACCAGUACAGUAAAGUACCGUAUGUGUUCAGUCACAUAUCACAAAGUUGCUCCCCCUAAAGUCUACAGGGAUCUGAAAGUCCCAGCUAUGUAGAGGUAUAUCCAAAAUUAUUAUUUCAUAGACUCUAGUAUAUUAUCACAGCAUAUACUUUUGGUUUAGAUAGAUAGUAUCCAUAUAUAGUUUUAUCUAUCAUCUACAAAUGUAUCCAAAGUGUUGCAAGUAAAAACAGAGUCUAGGAAGAAGCUGAGAGGCACUGUGUAUACAGUGUGAUACUUGGUAUUUUAGUACUUAGAUGGAAUAUAAAUACUCAUUACUAAGUGGAGAGGUCACAGGAGGAAAGAGCUUAAAUAGAUCAAGAACGGUAGUUAAUGAAAAAUAGGUGUCUCUAAGGAUGGAUUAACUUAUAUAAAUAUAUAUAGAGGUGCCCACCCAACAGACUGAAUCCCUCCCGGGAUCGAAAGGACACCUAAAUGUGCAAAAAAUUGCUACACUCGCUAAAUCCAGCUCAUGUAUAUACUAAACAUUGCUGCUACACAACUCCUAUACAUACUACACACUGCUGCUUCAAGGCAGCCUAACGCUGAAGAUCACUAGCUGAACUGUCUAAAUAGGUAUAAUAACAGUCCUAGUUGUGCCACUGACUAUGGCUAGAACGGAAAAAUAUCAGCUAGAGAGUCAAAGUGAAUAAUUGAAUGCCACCAGCAUAAGUGACUAGAUCACUAUAUAUACAUCCCCCACUAGUAAAAACAAAAAAACCGGCAAACGCUCGACGCGCGUUUCGGCGUGGUCACACGCCUUUAUCAAGAGCUCCUAGCACGGGUACGUAGGAAUUGUACAGACUUAUCAGAUUUCAAGGCAAAAGCGGCUCUACUAAGACAACAAUUUCGGGAAAAAGGUUACCCGAAUAAAUGCCUUAAGAAAGCGUAUAAAAGAGCCCUAGAAUUGAAUAGAGAUGAUCUUAUUCUAGACCAAUCUAAGCAAAAACCACUGAAUACAACUAUCCGUAUGAUUGGAACCUUUGAUACAGGAUGGAACACUGUAAAAAGGUCGAUUGAGAAAUUUUGGCCCAUCCUUCUGAAGGAUGUCCAUCUUAAAGACGUCCUUAGUCCUAGGGCAACCAUCACAGCAUGCAGGGGGAGAAAUCUUCGUGAUAUGCUGGUACCAAGCCACUUCUCAACGAAACAGAAGAAAGUGACCUGGCUGGGUCGAAAUCCCCCCUGUGGUUCCUAUGGAUGUGGAAGAUGUGUCGCAUGCAGAUACAUUCUUCGGGACUCGAAGAGAGUCCAAGAUAGCGCUGGACAACAGAGUUUUGGGAUUACCCAGUUUUUUAACUGCAACACUGCUGGUUUGGUAUAUCUCCUUACCUGUAGUUGCAAAAUGAUGUAUGUAGGAAAAACGUUUAGACCCUUCAAGGAACGGAUCAAAGAACAUGUAAGAUCCCCAAAAAAUCGUAUGGAAACCCCAAUUUCAAGACACCUAAAAAACUGCCAUGCGGGUGACUCUAGUGCAAUCAGGUUCUGUGGAUUGGAAUGGGUUAAACGCGAUCAGAGACGAGGAGAUUACGAUAAACUUCUACGCCAAAAAGAAUGUAGAUGGAUAUAUAAACUAAAAACCCUUAACCCAAAUGGCUUGAAUGAGGGGUUUUCAUUCUCUCCCUACAUUUAAGCCCUAUCAUUUAGUGUUUAGUUACCAAUUAUAUAUAUAUAUAUAUUUUAAUUGGAGUAACUACUAUCAAUUACACAUCCUGUAAAUAUGUCUUUUAUAUGUUUUGUAUAUAUUUGUACAAUAUAAUAGAAAUCUUUAUUGUCUGUAUAUAGUAUAUUUUUGUGUGAUUUACAUUUAUAAUUUUUUGGUAUUCAUACCUUACACCUGGCACGUAUCUAGUCCAUUAGGGCCAUGACCACUUACACUCUUUUGCCAUUAUGGGAAUAAUAUCUAACUGAUUUCUAAUUCAUCUGUAUAGGUGGAACAGUGUCUAAUAAAUGCAUAUAGUAGACCCUUACCUAAUUGGGUCCUAUGCUCAAUGAGUGCUGUCCACAUUAUGACAUGACUUAGGAGCCAAUACUAUUAUAUUAGUGACUGAUAGACUGAAAUAAAUAAUAACUGUAUCCUGAGCCUUAUAAUUGACUCUGUGUUACAUGUUUUUAUGUUUCUACUUCUCUCUACAAUAUAGAUGCCCUGCUGAAUAAAGGCUAAUUUUACCUACUAAAAUGCUACAAAUCUAUCCCUACUACAUGGCUAAGAGUGUAGGAAAUGGAUCUCUAAGUGGUGCUUUUGAGCUGUACUGUAUAUAUAUACAGUCAGCCUGGCCGCGUUACCAUAGCGACAGUUGGUUCCCUGUGUGCACACGUGGUCCGUAGAUGGACAAACUUGUAGAAGGAGGAGGAUGCGAUCGGGUCAUAGCCACGCCCCUAAGUAAGCGGAUUGGAUACGCAAUCACAUGGGCGGCACGUCCCCUGAUAUAAACUUACCCUCCUACCUCCAGCCGUGCUAGGAGCUCUUGAUAAAGGCGUGUGACCACGCCGAAACGCGCGUCGAGCGUUUGCCGGUUUUUUUGUUUUUACUAGUGGGGGAUGUAUAUAUAGUGAUCUAGUCACUUAUGCUGGUGGCAUUCAAUUAUUCACUUUGACUCUCUAGCUGAUAUUUUUCCGUUCUAGCCAUAGUCAGUGGCACAACUAGGACUGUUAUUAUACCUAUUUAGACAGUUCAGCUAGUGAUCUUCAGCGUUAGGCUGCCUUGAAGCAGCAGUGUGUAGUAUUUAUAGGAGUUGUGUAGCAGUAGUGUUUAGUAUAUACAUGAGCUGGAUUUAGCGAGUGUAGCAAUUUUUUGCACAUUUAGGUGUCCUUUCGAUUUCGAUCCCGGGAGGGAUUCAGUCUGUUGGGUGGGCACCUCUAUAUAUAUUUAUAUAAGUUAAUCCAUCCUUAGAGACACCUAUUUUUCAUUAACUACCGUUCUUGAUCUAUUUAAGCUCUUUCCUCCUGUGACCUCUCCACUUAGUAAUGAGUAUUUAUAUUCCAUCUAAGUACUAAAAUACCAAGUAUCACACUGUAUACACAGUGCCUCUCAGCUUCUUCCUAGACUCUGUUUUUACUUGCAACACUUUGGAUACAUUUGUAGAUGAUAGAUAAAACUAUAUAUGGAUACUAUCUAUCUAAACCGAAAGUAUAUGCUGUGAUAAUAUACUAGAGUCUAUGAAAUAAUAAUUUUGGAUAUACCUCUACAUAGCUGGGACUUUCAGAUCCCUGUAGACUUUAGGGGGAGCAACUUUGUGAUAUGUGACUGAACACAUACGGUACUUUACUGUACUGGUUACUAGCGUUUUCAGUGAAGCUAUCCAAAUUACCCCAAUAUACACUGAGGAUAUCCAAACCUACAUCUACCCACUUUUUUACUUCACGUGUUUUUUCCACGAGUGUUUCACUAUUACUUUAUUUUUAUUAUUAUUAUUUAUUGUUUUUGUGUUUUGCCUAAGUCGGCUUAAUAAAGGUUAUACCUAACAAUUAUUGUAACUAUCUGGAGAUAUCAUUUGGUGAAGUGGAUGUCCAACAUUUUUCCAUCUUUAGUGGGACAACCACUUCACUCUAGUCUUAUCCUUUUAAAUUAUUUUGUGGGGUUAUGCCCCUUGAUAUCUCUGUAACCCUUCCUUGGAAUUAGUGAUGUGGAUUUAGUCCACCUCUAUCUCUUUCCUUUCUUAUUCUAUAUUUGUAUAUUAGGUUUCAAUACCUGGGUUACUGAUCCACUAUCUUUUAUUAUUAAACAAGACAAUGUCAGGUUUUCUAUCUAAUAAACAGGAUUUUAGCACUUGGUGCAGGGAUGCAGAUAACGUGUUUUCUGGUGAUAAUCUUGAGAAAAGCCAGACUCCAACGGAUAUUUAUUAUUCAUUUAAUUCGGUGACUAAGCUAUAUAAGCAACAAAUUAAGACAUGCUGGGAGAUCUCCUCACUUGAGAACUACAUUAAGAAAGAAAUGAUCCCUAGGGGCCUUAGAGUCCGUAAUAUUCCAACAUCCUAUAAUGAGAACCCUGAGUUCACUAAGCAAUGGGAGUUAGCAGCUGGAACAUGCUCAAUGAAAUUUAUGGAGAUAAUAUGCACCUUUGAAAAAGAAAAACUGGGCAAUGUUAAUCAAAAGCUAGAUGAAGAAAUUGAUAGGCUCAAUGUGUUUAAGAGCGAAUCAAACUAUCCAACAUUGGAAAAUAAAUUAAAAAACAAUCUUGAUAGAUUUCAGGACUCUAUUAAAUCUAGAAAACAUCAGAAAUUUAUGAGAGACUUGAAGGACUAUCAAUUGGGGAAUGUAUAUAGAUUUCCUAAUCGUCGUCUGAGAACCAAUUCUGAAAACAAUAUGACCUCAGAAUAUGACUCCUCUGACACUGAUUCUAGUAUACAAUACACACCCUCUGAUCAACAACAAGCUCCCCCAAUCUCUAAUACUGGUAAUCCUCGUAGUAUUCUCAAGAAAGGGGUUAAUUUUUUAGCGAUGGGUCAACAAGAAGACACCCCCAAUUACCAGACACGCUAUCAAUCCAGAAAUUCGGGGAGAGGAGGGGCGAGGGGGAGAACACGAAGGAGACGAUACUGAGUGUAAACUCUAAAAUAUCAUAUCCCUCUAUAAACAAACCACAUGUGAUUAACCUGUCAACUCACGAACUUAAUGAAUUUCAGAUUAAAGUACUAGAAAAGGGACUCUCUUUUGUACCAACACCAGUCUUUGAUAAGUUUACUUGGAUCAAAGACUUACAUCUGUUUGUACGUAAACUUGCCUUACAUAAAUAUCACGCUAUCAAUGAAGAGAAAAAAGCAAGAGCCUGUGGUCUGUCAUGUAAAGAUUUGGAGUUAGUAAAUACACUAGUAUCACUCCUAGAUGAAAACGAUGUCCAUCUGCCCACUGAGUAUACUAAAUUGAAACCAAAAAGCCGAUUUACCCCCAACUUCGCUAGCUUCAGAAAUUUAGAUCUAUUCUUAGAGGCAGUAAAAAGCGAGAUUGAGGGUAUAGAGAGCAACUGCUUUGAUUCUUUCCCUAACGAUAAUCUCUCUAAAAUAGAGCAAAUAGCUCUUAAGUCACUUAAAGAGAAUGACCAGUUGGUUAUUAAACCAGCAGACAAGGGAGGUAAUGUGGUAGUCAUGAAUGUAUCUGACUAUGAAAAUAUGGUACAGAAGGUCUUGAGCAACAAUGACACUUAUAUGAUUUUAAAGGUGGACCCAACAAAUUCAUUUUUAAUGCAAUACAAGGAAAUAUUAGAUGAGGGCCGCAGUGGGGGGUUGCUGUCCGGGGAUGAAUAUGAAUUCAUUCUGAAUCGAUGUCCCAGGAUAGCAACCUUCUACUGCCUGCCCAAAGUCCAUAAAAAUACACAAUACCCACCGGGUCGCCCAAUUGUUUCUGGGGUUGAUAAUUUGACCCAAAAUGGGAGUCUAUAUAUUGAAAAAAUAUUAAGACCUUUUGUUGAACAACUACCAUCAUAUGUUAGAGAUACAAAACAGGCACUGUCACUUUUCUCGAAUCUCCAGUUACCAACGUCGGCUAACCUCUGCAGUUUGGACGUUGAGGCCCUCUAUUCUUCAAUUCCCCAUGAACGGGGCAUUGAACAUACGAGAUAUUUUUUGGAUCAGAGAGGUCCCAAUCACAUUCUUCAUACUGAAUUUGUACUAAAAUUAUUAGGCUAUAUUUUGUCUCAUAACUACUUCUUAUUUCAUGACAAAUUCUUUCACCAGACAAGGGGGACGGCGAUGGGUACGGCGUGUGCGCCCUCCUACGCCAACCUCCAUUUAGGCUGGUGGGAGCUACAGAUCAUGAAAUCCAGUACCCUCUUGAGCUAUAUACCUAAAAUACAUACAUGGCUUAGGUAUAUAGAUGAUAUCCUUAUUGUAUGGCUGGGUGAUGAAGAAGACUUCAAUAAGUUUGUCUCUCUACUGAAUAUAAAUGAAGAUAACCUAAGAUUUACAGCAGAAUUUGGAGGACAGACUUUGAACUUUCUAGACAUAACCAUUUCCAUCAAUAGGAAUGGGUCUUUGAAAACAACUCUGUUUAAGAAGCCAACAGCAUCUAAUGCAUUCCUUAGCUGGGAUAGCUUCCACCCUAGGCCUCUUAAACAAGGCAUCCCCGUAGGACAAUAUCUGAGGGUACGUAGGAAUUGUACAGACUUAUCAGAUUUCAAGGCAAAAGCGGCUCUACUAAGACAACAAUUUCGGGAAAAAGGUUACCCGAAUAAAUGCCUUAAGAAAGCGUAUAAAAGAGCCCUAGAAUUGAAUAGAGAUGAUCUUAUUCUAGACCAAUCUAAGCAAAAACCACUGAAUACAACUAUCCGUAUGAUUGGAACCUUUGAUACAGGAUGGAACACUGUAAAAAGGUCGAUUGAGAAAUUUUGGCCCAUCCUUCUGAAGGAUGUCCAUCUUAAAGACGUCCUUAGUCCUAGGGCAACCAUCACAGCAUGCAGGGGGAGAAAUCUUCGUGAUAUGCUGGUACCAAGCCACUUCUCAACGAAACAGAAGAAAGUGACCUGGCUGGGUCGAAAUCCCCCCUGUGGUUCCUAUGGAUGUGGAAGAUGUGUCGCAUGCAGAUACAUUCUUCGGGACUCGAAGAGAGUCCAAGAUAGCGCUGGACAACAGAGUUUUGGGAUUACCCAGUUUUUUAACUGCAACACUGCUGGUUUGGUAUAUCUCCUUACCUGUAGUUGCAAAAUGAUGUAUGUAGGAAAAACGUUUAGACCCUUCAAGGAACGGAUCAAAGAACAUGUAAGAUCCCCAAAAAAUCGUAUGGAAACCCCAAUUUCAAGACACCUAAAAAACUGCCAUGCGGGUGACUCUAGUGCAAUCAGGUUCUGUGGAUUGGAAUGGGUUAAACGCGAUCAGAGACGAGGAGAUUACGAUAAACUUCUACGCCAAAAAGAAUGUAGAUGGAUAUAUAAACUAAAAACCCUUAACCCAAAUGGCUUGAAUGAGGGGUUUUCAUUCUCUCCCUACAUUUAAGCCCUAUCAUUUAGUGUUUAGUUACCAAUUAUAUAUAUAUAUAUAUUUUAAUUGGAGUAACUACUAUCAAUUACACAUCCUGUAAAUAUGUCUUUUAUAUGUUUUGUAUAUAUUUGUACAAUAUAAUAGAAAUCUUUAUUGUCUGUAUAUAGUAUAUUUUUGUGUGAUUUACAUUUAUAAUUUUUUGGUAUUCAUACCUUACACCUGGCACGUAUCUAGUCCAUUAGGGCCAUGACCACUUACACUCUUUUGCCAUUAUGGGAAUAAUAUCUAACUGAUUUCUAAUUCAUCUGUAUAGGUGGAACAGUGUCUAAUAAAUGCAUAUAGUAGACCCUUACCUAAUUGGGUCCUAUGCUCAAUGAGUGCUGUCCACAUUAUGACAUGACUUAGGAGCCAAUACUAUUAUAUUAGUGACUGAUAGACUGAAAUAAAUAAUAACUGUAUCCUGAGCCUUAUAAUUGACUCUGUGUUACAUGUUUUUAUGUUUCUACUUCUCUCUACAAUAUAGAUGCCCUGCUGAAUAAAGGCUAAUUUUACCUACUAAAAUGCUACAAAUCUAUCCCUACUACAUGGCUAAGAGUGUAGGAAAUGGAUCUCUAAGUGGUGCUUUUGAGCUGUACUGUAUAUAUAUACAGUCAGCCUGGCCGCGUUACCAUAGCGACAGUUGGUUCCCUGUGUGCACACGUGGUCCGUAGAUGGACAAACUUGUAGAAGGAGGAGGAUGCGAUCGGGUCAUAGCCACGCCCCUAAGUAAGCGGAUUGGAUACGCAAUCACAUGGGCGGCACGUCCCCUGAUAUAAACUUACCCUCCUACCUCCAGCCGUGCUAGGAGCUCUUGAUAAAGGCGUGUGACCACGCCGAAACGCGCGUCGAGCGUUUGCCGGUUUUUUUGUUUUUACUAGUGGGGGAUGUAUAUAUAGUGAUCUAGUCACUUAUGCUGGUGGCAUUCAAUUAUUCACGUUGACUCUCUAGCUGAUAUUUUUCCGUUCUAGCCAUAGUCAGUGGCACAACUAGGACUGUUAUUAUACCUAUUUAGACAGUUCAGCUAGUGAUCUUCAGCGUUAGGCUGCCUUGAAGCAGCAGUGUGUAGUAUGUAUAGGAGUUGUGUAGCAGCAAUGUUUAGUAUAUACAUGAGCUGGAUUUAGCGAGUGUAGCAAUUUUUUGCACAUUUAGGUGUCCUUUCGAUCCCGGGAGGGAUUCAGUCUGUUGGGUGGGCACCUCUAUAUAUAUUUAUAUAAGUUAAUCCAUCCUUAGAGACACCUAUUUUUCAUUAACUACCGUUCUUGAUCUAUUUAAGCUCUUUCCUCCUGUGACCUCUCCACUUAGUAAUGAGUAUUUAUAUUCCAUCUAAGUACUAAAAUACCAAGUAUCACACUGUAUACACAGUGCCUCUCAGCUUCUUCCUAGACUCUGUUUUUACUUGCAACACUUUGGAUACAUUUGUAGAUGAUAGAUAAAACUAUAUAUGGAUACUAUCUAUCUAAACCGAAAGUAUAUGCUGUGAUAAUAUACUAGAGUCUAUGAAAUAAUAAUUUUGGAUAUACCUCUACAUAGCUGGGACUUUCAGAUCCCUGUAGACUUUAGGGGGAGCAACUUUGUGAUAUGUGACUGAACACAUACGGUACUUUACUGUACUGGUUACUAGCGUUUUCAGUGAAGCUAUCCAAAUUACCCCAAUAUACACUGAGGAUAUCCAAACCUACAUCUACCCACUUUUUUACUUCACGUGUUUUUCCCACGAGUGUUUCACUAUUACUUUAUUUUUAUUAUUAUUAUUUAUUGUUUUGUGUUUUGCCUAAGUCGGCUUAAUAAAGGUUAUACCUAACAAUUAUUGUAACUAUCUGGUGAUAUCAUUUGGUGAAGUGGAUGUCCAACAUUUUUCCAUCUUUAGUGGGACAACCACUUCACUCUAGUCUUAUCCUUUUAAAUUAUUUUGUGGGGUUAUGCCCCUUGAUAUCUCUGUAACCCUUCCUUGGAAUUAGUGAUGUGGAUUUAGUCGACCUCUAUCUCUUUCCUUUCUUAUUCUAUGUUUUUAUUACAGUUAGAAGCGAGGUAGACAUGUUUAUUUGUUGCUACGUAUAGACUGCUAAUCUAGAAGUCAGGUCAAAUGUGCAUCUCUCAUGUUCAGUUUUUCUCACAUCUGUUUUUGCUGUUGACCCAUUAGAAGGCAAAAACCCUGUUUGAAGCGCUUGGCACUUUUUCAACAACAACAACAAAAAAAUUCCUCCUUGACCCUAGAAUGUGGAAGGCGGGAGGCGAGGGAGCACUGUCCCCUGACCUCUUCCCUGCUCAGGUCCCUCGCUUGCACUGCACUGAUGCCGGAGCCGGAAUAUGACGUCACUCUGGCCCCAGCAUUACUGAGAGGCGCACAAGGGAUCUGAGCAGGGAAAUCAGAACUCCCUCGCCGCCCACCGUGUGUGUCUGUUGGUGUGUGUCUGUUGGUGUGUGUUAGUGGGUGUGUGUCUGUUGGUGUGUGUCUGUUGGUGUGUGUUAGUGGGUGUGUGUCUGUUGGUGUGUGUUAGUGGGUGUGUGUCUGUUGGUGUGUGUUAGUGGGUGUGUGUCUGUUGGUGAGUGUGUUAGUGGGUGUGUGUCUGUUGGUGAGUGUGUUAGUGGGUGUGUGUCUGUUGGUGAGUGUGUUAGUGUAUCUGUGUCAGUGCGUGUGUGUAUGUUAGUGUGUGUCUGUUGGUGAGUGUGCUAGUGUGUGUCUGUUGGUGAGUGUGCUAGUGUGUGUAUGUUGGUGAGUGUGCUAGUGUGUGUAUGUUGGUGAGUGUGCUAGUGUGUCUCUGUUGGUGAGUGUGCUAGUGUGUGUCUGUUGAUGAGUGUGCUAGUGUGUGUAUGUUGGUGAGUGUGCUAGUGUGUGUAUGUUGGUGAGUGUGCUAGUGUGUGUAUGUUGGUGAGUGUGCUAGUGUGUCUCUGUUGGUGAGUGUGCUAGUGUGUCUCUGUUGGUGAGUGUGCUAGUGUGUGUCUGUUGGUGAGUGUGCUAGUGUGUGUCUGUUGGCGAGUGUGCUAGUGUGUGUCUGUUGGCGAGUGUGCUAGUGUGUGUCUGUUGGCGAGUGUGUCUGUCAAACAGUGUGUGUUAGAGUAUGUGUAUGUCUGUCGGUGUGUGUGUGUCUGUCAGUAUGUGUAUGCAUGUCUGUCACUGAGAGUGUGUGUAUCUGUCAGUCAAUGUGGAUGUCUGUUAGAGAAUAUGUGUGUCUGAUACUGAGCGUGUGUGUGUCUGUCAGUGAGUUUAUGUGUGUCACAGUGUACAUUUGUCAGUGAGUGUGUAUGUGUAUCUGUCAGUGAAUGCGUGUCUGUUAGUGUGUAUGUGUGUCUGUCAGUAAGUGUGCAUGUGUAACUGUCAGUGUCUCUGUCGGUGAAUGUGAAUGUCUGUCAGUGAGUGUGUAUGUUUCAGUGAAAGUGUGUGUGACAAAGACUGUGUAUCUGUCAGUGAGUGUAUGCAUCAGUGAAGUCAUGUGUCUCAGGCAAAGAGCAUAUUGUUUUUUAAAAAAUAAGUGAAAUUUAGAAGGAAGAAUGGGGGUGUCUGAGUUUUGUACCGCCUAAGGCAGCACAAAACCAGAAUACACCACUGACUACAGUCCUGGCACAAUCCCACUAUAAGUUGUUAAAAAUGUUUAAGCAUGUUGACAACUUAAUUAGGUGCUGACCCACACUUGCUCUUCUCCUGCAGGAAGAUCGGAUAGUGUGGGCACACGGCGAUAAGUUGUCAAACCAUACCAGAACAGUCUGACCUCUUGCAGCAGGACUGUGUCUGGGUACUCCUGGCACCAUGACCACUUGAUUGUGCUGUAAUGUUACGGUGCUUGGGGUGUUCCCUUGCCACAUGCAGAUUUUGUUAAAAAUAAAACAUUUUGCUGCUCUCUGCAGCAUAAUUCACCCCUUAGAUCAGGAGCUGUAAGGCAUUCAUAUCAGACACAAGUGACAGAUACAGUAAACAACAUAAUUUACAUAGUGUGAGAACAGGCCCACUUGGUAUUAGCUCUGGCCUCCGAUAAGAGGUAGGUAUAAAAAGCCACAAGUAUCAACGAAAUGAGAAAACCAAAUAUAACCUGCAGAGAAGUAAAUCUAUGUGUAUAUAAACCAGCUAAGAUAUCAGUAAUGUCCCUGAGGAGAAGCUGGUGCUAUCGGAUGCAGCAGUAGUGAAUGGAUGAUAGAAUAAAAAUGAUUUUUUUUAUGUGAGUGUGGUGCUUAGUUCCCAGCAUAGGUAACUGAUAAGAAAUAUAACAUUCUCAACAUAAAGAAUGAGUGAAAGGCCUCUGACUCCUUAAAAUAUACCCGACAAUCAUGUACUUAUUCAUUCUUAAACUGCUCUGAAGUGUUUGAGGAAUAUGUAACCCGCGUGGUUCAGUCUUUUAGUUAAUUUAAUAUUAUUCAGUGUGGAAUCAUUAACUUCAGUAUAUCUUAUCUGGGUUUCUGUUUUCUUUACAACCUUUAGGUUUUCUAACUUCAGCAACCAAACCAUCCAGCUAUGACGUCAGGCGCGUGGAAAUCACGCCAUCGGAUCAGAGAAGGCUAACAUUUGAUACUCAUGCCUUGGUGCAAGAUCUUGAGAGUCACGGUCAGACAUUUUCUGGUUUCUUAUCUCUGAUUUGGUAUUAGAUAAAUAUGUGUAACCUAUAUUUUAGUUGUUGGUGGGGGGUGGACUGGGUGCAGUGAUCAUGUCCUUUUAACCCUGCAAUGUACAAAGAAUGUCCAUAGGUUCACUAUCGCAAUAAUUAAGGCAUCGUCAUCCCUGGCAGGGCCAGACUUAGGGGUGUACAGUGCUCCAUGGCAACAGGAAAAGAUUUUGUAGCACCAGGGUCCUCUCGUCAUUGGUUUCGCCACUGCACCAGGGAAUCUAUAGUAGACAGUAACCAGGGUAGUAAACACAUACACUAUGCCCCUAUACACCUAUACCACCCUAUACACAUACAAUACACACACUAUACGCACAAUUCACACAAAAUACUCCUUAUACACAUACACUAUACCCACAAUAUAUCCCUUAUAUAGUGAUACCUCUUAUACACAUACAAUAUACCCACACUGUACCCCCAAUGCAUACAAUAUACUGAUACCCCUUAUACACAUACACUAUACCCACUGUAGCGGAGCUGGAAUAUUAAACUCAAUAUCUUCAAUGGUAGACUGUAAGGACAUCCAAGAGAAGCGUAGUUCAGCAGUAUAAUCCCAAUUUUCCAAUAAACUGUAGAUUCACAGUUCUGGGAGUCAACUGAUUUGUAUGCAGCUCCCCAUGCAAGAGGUUUCUUUAAUUACAUUCCAGGGGUUUUCCACUGGUGGACCUUGUUGGGGACAGAGGACAAAGUAACAUUUCCCAGACUCCUCCUCUGUACUUGGCAGAUACUUGAGUAAGGACAACACUUUAAUUACAUUAUCUCCCAAGUACAGAAAAUAUACAAUAUUCCAUCAUAACAUACAUUCAUAUAAGUCAGAAAUCCACAAAAUAAACCGAAUAGCAGGGAUCUGAGCGCCCACUCUGUCGAAAUAUUGCUCAGAUCCGUUCGGUAGAAUAGGAACGCCAUUCAAGUAAAGUUUAGAGCGCUCAACCAUGAGGUGAAGCCCCAAAAUAAUUCCAGAUGGUUUAAUGCUUUGACUGGUCUUCUUUCAGGAGUAUUCACCAUUAAAAUAACGAAUGGAACUGUUCGUGUAACAGGGAGGUUGUGUGCCCUGUGUUCUAUAGUUUCUUUCAUUCGAAAGCCGUUCUGUAUACGUGAAGGGGAACGAACAUACAAAAGGAUGGGAGUUCCAUAAGUGUUCGCGCCGUCAAGUGUCCGAUUAUAGUUGCAUGCACUCGACGACCAAAAACCUCUGUCUGUUCGUGAACAAAGAUGGCAGCCGCCACGUGUUCGGUCAUACGAAUGAGGGCCGACCAUCCAACCACUUAGAACCUUGCAGUUUCUACGUGUGAACACCAUUAAUUGGAGGCACACAACUCCCCCGGGUGGUCUCACUGUUCGAUAGUUGGUUCGACUGACGAACAAUAUGUCUUUAGUCUGUUCGGGAACCCCGAAUUGUCGAACCAACCCACAUUAUACCCCUAAUGUAAACAAUAUAUCCCUUAUAUACUGAUUCCCCUUAUACAUAAACUAUACCCAUGCUAUACCCCCAUUGCAAACAAUAUACCCCACAUACAUUAUAUUUCCCCAAUGCAAACAAUAUACCUCUUAUAUACUAAUACCCCUUGUACACAUACACUGUACCCCCAAUGCAAACAAUAUACCCCUUAUACACACAGCUCAGAUCUGUGCUGCUAGGGAGAAAUGGUAAGUUCAACUACUUUUUACCCUCGGACUUGGUGGUGGGCACCUAGAGGGCACUAUAACAUUAGGAAUGCACAUUUAUAUUUGUAAUGCAAUAGUGCUCCUUUUAGUACUUGUUUUCUGGGUUAAUAAGAAGAGAGGUUUUAAAUAGUAGGAGGUAUUAGAUGAUGGGGGGUGUAGCCUGGGAGGGGAGCUGUGAAGAUUUUCCACACUGGGUGCCUAAAAGCCUAAGGCCAGCCCUGGUCUCUGGGUGUUUCUGCCCACAUAAGCUCUCUUCCACAUGUACCUCAUGCAGUGAACGUGUUGCUCACACAUACCUUUUUGAGGGAGCACACAGAGCGUACGAGUCUGCGCAUUGCUCAUUGUGGGGCACAUCAGAAGGUGGGAGGCACAUUGAGGAGCAGGUCAAUGGCUGUCACAGGUGCCACAGGAAGCAGGAGAAAGAGAGGAGGCGAGCAGCAGGGCCAACAAGGAAACCCUGAAGGUGCGUUUCCAGUUCCUCUCUGCUCCCUUGCGCGCCUUCAGUAAUAAUGCCAGGAGCCGGAAUAUGACUUUAGUCCGGCCCUGGCAUCACUACAGAGGGAGCAGAGAGGAAAUGGAAGAUCCAUUCCUCACUGCACCCAGGGUAGAAAAUUCCCACUGGACCCCGGGGAGAGUACCCACACUAGCUCUCCUAAAGGUAUCAGUGUGUCUGUCAGUGAGUGUGUUUCAAAUCAGUGAGAUUGUGCCUGUCAUUGACAGUGUCACUGCGUAUGUCUGUCAGUGUGUAUCAAAUCAUUGAUAUUGUGUGUCUUACAUUGAGAGUGUGUAUCAGUGUGUCUGUCAGUGAGUGUGUUUCAAAUCAGUGAGAUUGUGUGUCUUGUCAUUGAGAGUGUGCGUCUGUGUGUUUUAAAUGUAUAUGUCACCAUUUAUUAUGCAAAGAGCUCCUUUUGAAAAAUCUAUGGGUGACAUUUCUACAUGUUAUGUUUUCUAUUGGUGUUGCCUGAAUUGGGUUGUUUUUUUUUCUCGUGUGCUUUGGACAUGUCCCAUCCUAUCAACACUCGUAUUUCUGUUUUUAAGAAGCUCCUUUUGCAAAUUCUAUGGGUGACAUGACAUCUCUUCUCCUCACCAUGCAAUGUUUGCUUUAAUUAUGCCAGCUGGAUUUGAUUUAUGUGUAAGAAGCAUUUAGUAUGUGUAUAUCACCAUUUAUUGGAUUGCGUUCACUGUUCCUGCCCAAGUGGAAUAAUUAACAUGCUUGCCCUAACACAGUCACCAAGCUAACAUUAUUAUCUUCUGGUUGAAUGAAUUGUCAGUUUGUGUUAUGGGUAAAAUUGCUAUUUACUGUGGUGAAUGUUGGCCUGAAGCUUCGUGGCGUAAUUGUAAUUGAGUGUACCCUUGUGUGCGCAGUUGCUCUAUUGCUUUCUAUGGACUGUCCAACAGACCCAAAUGGGCAUUAACAGAAAGGCUUGUCUGUGUGAAUGGCUGACAUUACAAUAAUACUGUCAUGUAACUACGAAUACUACAUUCAUUAUCACAUAGGAAUACUGUAAUGUGGUGUUAGAAACCACAAAAAUGAGAGAGAGGCUGUACUGUACCAAAGUUAUCCAGAAACAAUUUCAAGUUUACAUUUGCACAAAAAUUCAGUGUGCACAAAAUUUUGAAUCAGGAAAAAAAAAUUAGCAUAUGAGAAAAUUUCUGCACACACCAACUAAGCAAAAUUGGAGGGAACAUUGUAGCUGAGCAUAUCUCUUUAACUCCUACUAUUCUGGUAUGUUUUGGGAUAUAAAAUUGUAAAAAUAAAAUAAAAAUAAAAAGUAUAUCAAACAAUCAUGUAUAAAGUACAGUGCAAAACAACCGGCAUGCUUUACAAUGAAAUGGAAAUUACCCUUUCAUAGAAAUGUAGAUAUGUACCAGGGAUCGACAGAUUAUGGUUUUACCGAUAUUAUCGGCCGAUAUUUGGUAUUUUCAGCAAUAUCGGUAUCGGCCAAUAGAGAUACCGAUAUUGCCGAUAAUACAUACCAGGACCGCCGGGCUCAUUACAAGCCCGGCGGUCCUGGGGAGGCCCGAUGGAAGCUGUUACUUACCUCCCAGCAGCUCCCUGUCUAAAUCUUGCGAGUCCCGCGGCCGUCAGAGCGUUGCCACGGGUUACCAUGGCAACGCUCCGCGCGGCACACAGACCGCGAGAUUUGCACAGGGAGCUGAAGGGAGGUAAGUAAGAGAUUCCUACGGGCCCCCCUGCUGCUCAGUACAAGCCACUGGACCACCAGGGAAUUCCAUAGCCCCCCUCCCUGGCCAAGUAACAAGCAGGGAGGGGGGACAAAAAAUAAAUAAAACAUAAAUAUUAAAACUAAAAUUAAAAUAAAAAAAUGCUCCCCCCCAUUUUACACAAAUCACAUCCCUUCAGAAACACACACUACACAAACACACUCACACUCUGCAUUAUAUACACACACACACACACUGCAUUCAUUAUCUACACACACUCUACAUUCAUUAUAUACAAACACUAUACAAACACACACACACUCUGCAUUCAUUAUAUACACACACUAUUCAAACACACACACUCUGCAUUAUAUACACACACUACACAAACACACACAUACACUGCAUUCAUUAUAUACACACUACACAAACACACACACUCUGCAUUAUAUACACACACUAUACAAACACAUACUCUGCAUUAUAUACACACACUCUGCAUUAUAUACAAACACACACUCUGCAUUCAUUAUAUAUACACUACACAAACACACUGCAUUCACUUUACGCACACUACACUACACAAACACACACACUCUGCAUUCAAUAUAUAUAUAUAUAUAUAUAUAUAUAAAAAUAAAAAUGGUAGGUAACAGCACUCUAAGGACUUCAAAAAGUAAAUGGUGAAAAAAACUUAGCUUUUAUUCAGCAACUGCCACACACAAUCGACGUUUCAGUUCUUAAUACAGAACUUUCAUCAGGAUAAGGUGCAUUACACAAACCAACAUUAAUAUAUAAAAACAAAUAAGUACAUAACAUGCAAAACAGGUGCAGCUUACCCCAAUCCCUGUGUGGUCCCCAUGGUAAUUGCCAAAAAACGCGGGUAAAAUUAACCCCUGGAAAGAUUAUCGGUAUCGGCUCUAAAAAAUAAAUAUUGAUCGAUCCCUAAUAUGUACCAAGGAUUCCUUUAAGUCCUCAAACAGUAUAUAUGUGUGUGUGUAUGUAUGUAUAUGUAUGUAUGUAUAAAUAAAUAAAAAGGCCAAAUAAAAAAUAUCUAUUUUAUCUAUUCUGUAGAUAUUGUGUUUGUUUAUAUAUGUGUGUAUAUAUAUAAAAAAAAAAAAAUCAUUAAAAACUCACUUUUUCACAAAGCCCUCUCAAUUAAACUGUUAAUGGCUCCAAAAAACGCACACACUAAGUCUUUAUUGAAUACUAUUUUACCAAUCUACUUUCCUAAUACUUCCCUUACUUUUUGUGUCACUAUGCCCCACUCCCUCUAGCAUGUAAGCUCAAUGAGCAUGGCCCUCAACCCAUUGUUUGUCAAACUUGUCUGGUUACAAUUACAUGUUUAUUAGUCCAUGCAUUGUAAAGCGCUACGGAAUUUGUUGGCGUUAUAUAAAUAUUGUGAAGGAAUUAGAGUUAUUUAGUUUAUUUUACUUUUUCCCAUUCGGUAGCUGUAACUACCUAACACUGACCACCACCCUGGCUCAUUAUCUUCAAAGAGAAUUAAGUGCUCUCCCUGUGUGGUCGCUGUUCAUAUUGUCAGGAGAAAACGGCAGCCAUCUUGUUCGCACGAAAGGAGGCAGUGGGACUUGGUCAUUGAGUGUCUGGAACCAAAAUCGGACACUCGACUUCCCGAACAACAGUCAAAUGUCUGCUUCCUUUUCCAGAACAGCCAGGAGAGCGCUUUUCGGUAGUUUGGUUCCCACAAACCAGGGGAACAAUCUCUACUACGACUGGGGGUGCAGUUCGUGCAUUUGUUCAUUUUUAAGAUUUGUCGAAAUAGACCGGCCGCACAGCCUAAACUCAUGGAACUGUUUCUGGGCAGGAGCCUCUUGUGUGGUCGGUUAAAAUCGGACUUCCAUAAAAUUCCAAAACCCCUGAACUGAUCUGGGUGAUUUUUGGAUAUGUUGAUCACCCAGAUAAGGGCUGUCAGGGGAUUUAACAUUUUAUGGGGAUUUUGGGUGUCUUGGGGUACUUUUCAAGUUUUGUGGAAAUUGUGUUUUUUCUGCCUGGAGAUAAUUAAGUUAUUACAGUAUCUGACUCAAUUAUCUCCAGGCAGAGAGGAGGGAAUUAUCUGUUUGUAUUGGGAGUGUCACAGUUAGUCACUGUAUUGUAAUUGGCUGUAUGCUUUGUGUCCCUGUCCCCCACAGGGACACAAUAAAAGCCAGUGUGGCACCCAUUAUAAUCAUUCCUGGGUGCCACACAUGUAGUUUUGGCUGAUGUUUGAGUACCUGUCUACUUUACUGGGAGAAUCUCUUUGGGAGACUGUCAUUCGGAUGGAGAAUCGUUCGACUCAGCACCCGAACUGCGAGCUAUAAUCACUCAGGAGUUCGGGAGUUAAUAGACGAACGGGUAGCUGUUUUACCAGAGUUCGUUACAAAUAUAAUAAUAUGUUUUGGGAUAUGUAGUUUAACUAUUGACUUGACAAUGAGCAUUUAAUGUUAUUUUACUUGUAGUGUACAUGGGGCAAUAUAACUUUUUACGAGUUCUGGUGUAACACAUCCUGAAUUGUGGAAAAAGCAUGUCUUCUGAUAUAUUCUAAAUGCCUUCUACAUAUCUUUAGCUAGAACUCAUAGAAACAUAGAAUGUGACGGCAGAUAAGAACCAUUCGGCCCAUCUAGUCUGCCCAAUUUUCUAAAUACUUUUAUUAGUCCCUGGCCUUAUCUUAUAGUUAGGAUAGCCUUAUUCCUAUCCCACGCAUACUUAAACUCCUUUACUGUGUUAACCUCUACCACUUCAGCUGGAAGGUUAUUCCAUGCAUCCACUACCUUCUCAGUAAAGUAAUACUUCCUGAUAUUAUUUUUAAGACUGUGCCCUCUUGUUGUGGUAGUUUUUCUUCUUUUAAAUAUAGUCUCCCACCCCUGAAAAAAGUUAAUAAAAAUUGUCAAUUUGAAAAAAAUAAUGGCAAAGGUCCAGAGAUGGAUACCUUAUACAACGCAUUGUAAUUAUUGUUGAACACAAUGUAUUGCUAUUAUGAACAACAUUUUACCCCUUAAAAAUCCCCUUUUCUUUUCUGUACCCUUGAAGAAAAAAAAUAAUAAAAUUUGUCAAAUUGAAAAAAAAUAAAUUAAGUCUCCUCCUUUACUGUGUUGAUUCCCUUUAUGUAUUUAAAUGUUUCUAUCAUAUCCCCCUGUCUCGUCUUUCCUCCAAGCUCAAGUUAUGUGGUCAUUGACCAACAAUAUCUAGAUGAGAAUGAACCAACUGGUCAGAUGCCUAGGACUUCCUUAAUUUCAUGUAUUCCUAAUAUAUAUACCCUUCAGUGUUAAAACCAUUUAGCCUCCCUGGCCCUCUCUUGUCUCCCUAAAUAUAGUAAAAUCUACUAUAAUUCAAGUCUGAAGCUGUUGACUCUGCCCCUGUCUGCAUCAGACCUUCAAGCUGUCUUCUGACAUCAUCAGAAGUGUUAUUCUGAGCCAAUCACAAUGCUUCCCCAUAGGAUUGGCUGAGACUAUGAAGGAGGCAGAUCAAGGGCAGAGCCAACACAAGUCUGACACAGCCCUGGCCAAUCAGCAUCUUCUCAUGGAGAUGAAUUGAAUCAAUGAAUCUCUAGGAGGAAAGUUCAGUGUCUCCAUGCAGAGAGUGGAGGCACUGAUAUGUUGUGAUGCACACUAGCCAAGACAGUUUGAUGAAGCAGCUCUAGCAGCCAUCUGAGGAGUGGCCAGUGUAGGUGUCCCUAGGCUAUAAUGUAAACACUGCAUUUUCUCUGAAAAGACAGUGCUUACAGCAAAAAGCCUGAACAAAUUCAAUAAGCUGUAGUUGUUCUGGUGACUAUAGUGUCCCUUUAACUGUGUUUUAUGUCUGUUGGGUUUUUUAAAUAAUGUUUUUGGAUAAUGUGCCUUUUUUAUCUGACUUUAUUUGAACGUAUUUAGCUGAUCGGUCCACCUUAAAUGAAAACCUGGAGAUAUUUUCAGAUUUCCUGAAGAACAUUUGGAGGACUUUUCCUCUGAAAGUUGGCAUCAAAUGCCUAUCAAUCAGGGAAGAUCAGUGUGGGAGAUUGGGUUUCCUCUGUGGUAGACUUAUUGAUUUGUCAUUGCAUCUCCUACAAUCUAGCAGAGCGAGCUAAAGGUUAGGAAAAGAGGAUAGCUUUGGUUCCUAUUACACGUGUCCUUUUGUCCUAACAAACGGCUCCAUGACGGCUGUCAGCGUGUAUUCAUAGCAUAAAGCGAUUGUCUGCAAGCUCAUAGGAUUAGCCAGUGCUAUCUUUUCUACAUUAACAAAGUGUCUCCUGGACAAAAAAAACCUGAAAGAAAGGUUUUCACAGUCAUUACAGUUUAAAUCAAGGUUUCCGUCUUGAAACGGGUUUGGCUUUGCAAGGCUAAGCCGUGGUAGUGAAUCGGAAAAUGGACUCUGUUAAUAUUGCUUAUACGUGUCUAUAAUUUACACAAAAUUCGUGUCCAUUUGUUUCAAACUUUAUUAUGCUCUUUAGAAAAUGUCUAUCUGGCUGUAGAAUUAGUAAUUCCAAUAGAUCGUUUCAAAUUACACAGUGUCUAGACUUGCACUACUAAUACAUAAAAACAUUUACAGGGUUAUUUACUGAAGUGAGAAUUCAAAGUGAAUUUCAAAUUUAAAGGGAUACUCCAGGCACCCAGAUCACUUCUGCACAUUGGAGUGGUCUGGGUGCCAACUCCCACCACCCAUAACCCUGCAAGCGUAAUUUAUUGCAAUUUUUAUAAACUGCAAUAUUUACCUUGCAGGGUUAAGUCCUCCUCUAGUGGCUGUCUAUCAGACAUUUAACAUCUAUCAGACAGCCACUAGAGGGACUUUCGUGUUUUAAAUGAUGCUGGACGUCCUCACACUAUGCAUGAGGACCUACAGCCUCGCCGGAAUCCCCAUCGGAAAGCUUUGAAUAAUGCUUUCCUAUGGGAAGAUCUAAAGCGCGCGGCCAUUGCCGCGCAUGCGCAUUAGGUCUCCCCGCCGGCUGACGUCAGUGGGGGAGGAGCGUGGACGGAGCCUGACCCAGUGCCGAAGGACUUUGGCGCUGGAUUCAGGUAAGUAACUGAAGGGGUUUUAACCUUCAGCAACAUGGGAUGGGGGGUGGGAGAGGGGUACUGCAGGACGGAUAUGUUUUCCUGGCACUGGAGAGUCCCUUUAAGGGUAUAGUAGCCGAACUCAAUGUGUAGAUGACUUAAAAACUAUUUCAGGUUCGGCUUUUCUAACCUAAAAUAUUAAAUACUCUUGGCAUUCUCACAUUGGUGAAUAACCUUGUUAGUGGCUUUAAAAGCGGCGCAAUGGUGUUUUUUUUCUUCCUUCUUCAAUAAAAAGCUCUAAUCAAAUGGUUCCUAUUUUCUGUUCAGUGAAUGUGUCUAUAUUGUUAAUGCAUUUGAACAAGGCAGCUAAAACUAUGGAUGUAUUAGUUUUUCAGAAUUCCUUUCCUAAUUGCCUAAAUUCCUACCUUUCACAUCAAAUUCUCUAAUUCAGCUGUAGUCACAACUUUACUAUGUUAACCUUGUUUUACAAUUCAGAAAUACAGGGACCUACAAGGCACCAUAACAACUUCAUCAAAAUUAAGCUGUCACGAUGGCAGGAGGUUCCUGGCGCCCGCUUACCUUUUAGGCACUAAACUGUUAACCACCGAUUUAACCCCAACGUGUUGAAUCCAGCGUCGGUUAGGUCUGCCCCUGUCCGAGGCUCCCUGAUUCAAGCCUUGGACAAAAGCAGAAUCUUCUCUCAUUUUAUGUCUAUUUUUUUUUUUAUUCUGUUACUUUAUUGCUUUUCUCAGAGUAUUAGGAACCUAACGUAUAAAUGAGAUUAUUAUCAUUUAUAAGGAAAGUGAUAAGUGUAAUAUGUCCUGAAUAAACUCUAAAAUUUGCAUUUGAGUUCUAGAAAAGGCAGGGUCAGAGGAGCAUUUUUUACAGUACAUUUGAAUCGAUAUAUAUAUAUAGUACCAUCUAUAUCUCAGGGCUUACUUAAUAAUAUGGGAAGAUGUCAGUGUAUCCAUCCUGAUAGUUACAUUUCAUUGUUACAGUUUUAACACAUUUAUUGUGUGUUUGAGCUUCCCUAAACGUGUUUGUUUAUAUCAGCUGAAUUCGGGUUGAAACAUUGCUGUCUCAAUUAAAUAAACGACUGAAUGUGAUCUACAUGUUGUUCAUAUCAUAGCAAACGUAUAGAACAAAAGAGAUACUGGGUACAAUUGUAAACUAAUACUGUGGAAGUGAACCGGUAUCUCUACAAAGUAAAAAUGUGAAUUCUCUAUUUUACUAGAACCUUGUAUAGCACAGGUCAGAGAUCAUGUUAUUGUUACAAUGCGACAUUUAUGAGCUACAAGUCCCACGUUCCUUUGCUUGCCCGUUGGAGAAGGGCAGGUUGGCUAUCCUAUAUCUGUACUAAGUGAUAACUUCCUUCUCUGUUUGAUGUCUUUCAGGCUUUGAUAAAGGUCAAGCUGAGACUAUUGUGUCUGCCUUGGCAACGCUGACGAACACAAGUAUAGACACUGUCUACAAGGACAUGGUGACAAGAGCGCAGCAGGUACACUGUAUCCCUCUUCCAGUCAUUGUAUCUCUGUGCUACUUUGUCCUAUUAUGACCUUAGUAGGGCGAUUGUCUUACGGGUGAUUUAUAAUACGGUAUUUUUUUUUUGUUUUUCUUCCUCUUGUUCUUAGCGCAUUACAUAAACUCAUUAACAAAUGCAUAAAUAAUAUCCUUUCCUCCUGAUAUACUGAUUUUAGAGUUCUUUCUAGGUUAUCGUCAACCUAUGCCGUGACUGGCUGAUUAGCUGAUCCCUAACCUCCUAUAGCCACCUUACAGCGGAUUUAUAUGAAGCUAUGACAGAUUUUGUGUAGGAAUCAAUGAUACUCUCGCUCAGGAACAAUACACCAGCAAGCAGUGUGUCAAUCAUUAAACUAUAGGAAUGAGGCUUCCAAUCACUUGCACUCGAUCUUUCCCAUUCACUUUCUGCCAUGCAUGGUCUAUGUGGAAGCAUCAUCUUCAUAAUAAGUAAGCUGGGCUUUGGCAUUGAGACAAGAAAGAACCCUUCCAGGUGGAACUAGACUGUUUGAAGUUUGUUUACUUAUUGCAAAAUCAAGUACAAUUUGAGCUUUUAUAUUAGACUAGUUACUUUAUGUAGCGGAUCCCCUAUACUACAGCUGAGUAUAUCCGUUAGUAGUCUCCCGAAUCCCAAGUGUUGCAGUGAUUAUAGUUCUCCUGUUUCCAGCAGAGUAGUGAUUAGAGCUCUCCAAUCCCUCGAACAUGAGCCUAGACUUCAUGAAGGGGUAAAACGAAUGUGUUUAAUCCAGGCUCAAUGGUCUGCUUUUAUACAGUACAGGGACACAGUAAACAUGUAGCGCAACAUGUUAUAUAGUGUUUGUUAAGGCAGUAUGUAACUGCGUUAGGACCAAUGAUGUUUGGUCCUCACAGUAUGGGCUGUUAAAGCCAUAUCCCAGGAAAGAGUGCAAAUAUUGCCUCCUGCAUCCCAGAAUGUGGUGCCAUAUUUUGGGGGAAAUACAGUUAACGGUAUACCGUUAUUUGAUACAUUUUAUUGGUAAUAUCUCCAGCAUAUUCCAUAAUUUACAUUGUGACUUUAUUGAAAAAGUAUUUGUUUUAACAUAUUUUGUGAAUGACCAUUUCUUUCAAACAAACAUGUUUAUUUAAAUAAAAAAAUAAAAAAAAAUGCUAAAGUCACUGAUAUAUAUGGGGCUACAAUUCUGAAGCAUCUUGAAAAGGAUUUUUGUUGCUGCGGUGUGUUUGGCUGUGAAAUGGUUAAUAAAUCAGCAGAAUAGAUUAACGAGAUCCAGGGUCAAGACUUUCUCUGUGUUUAAUCUGUACGUGAUACUCUGCACUGUAAAUAGCCAUUGGUAUGAUGGUCCUGAAACCUCCUCUGCUAUAUAAGAAGAGAAGAUAUUGAUCAGUACAUGAUGAGAAAGCAAUUCGAGAGCCAAUUAAGUGGGAUGCUUUACUUGUUUAUUUACAAGGGAUCUAGACCUGGGAGCUCUCCAGAGUUUACACCCACUAUAAAACAUCUUCUGUUCUUUGACAGUUAACUCAAAGCUACCUGGUUAAAAGUUUAUUAACUAAACACAUACAGCUAUAUAGAGAACAAACAUUCACUUAAAAGAAAAUAGUCUUCAUAAUUUUUUUUAUUCAGAAAUAAAAAUAAAUUUGUUGUAGCCUCUGUGUAUAAUCUUGUAUUGCAUACAUAGAAAUAAAUACCUUUUUUUUCUCAGUUCAAAUCCUUCUUUCACAUGUGCCUCCAUAUCUUUAUGUCUGGUUUUAUUAAAGCAGCUCUAUGACCGUCUGGGGUAUUUAAAUAUUUUGCAAAGACCCACGGCGGAGACUGCUCUUCUGGCAGUGUGGUGGCCAAGCCAUGCAGAGGAAGGUGAGUUUAACUUACCUGGACCUGUCCCUCCUGGCAACCGCCAUCUUCACCCUGAUGGUCUUCUUCAGCUACUUGUGCUUUGUGAGAACAUUUUUGGAGUAAUUAAAUUUUUAAAAUAAUAUUUUAUAAAAAUUAUAAAAAAAAUAUUUUUUUAUUCAUUUUUUUUUUUACAUCGAUAUUAUGGCACUGUAUCCAAUUUAAUUAAAGCUAAGAGUUGACUCACUAUUUUUAACUAUUUAAGACCCUAGAGCACGUUUAUUAGAGAAUUUUAUAUUUCACACAAUUCACUAAAAUUUAUAAAAAUAUAUAUUUAUUGUGAAUAAUAGUAAUAAUAAUUUAAACAUGCGUGGGGCAGUUAGCAAAUAUUUGGUAACAAUGUGAGGUAGAAUAUAACGAUAUUUUGAUUAGAAUAACAACAACAAGAUAACUUCUAAAUAACUAUGAGGGAUAGGCAACCUUUGGCACUCCAGAUGCUGUGGACUACUUCCCCCAUAAUGCUUUUACACCCAUAAUGCUGGCAAAGCAUCGUGGGAGGUGUAGUCCAAAACAUCUUCAGUGCCGAAGGUUGCCUAUGCCUGAACUAUGUCUUAGAGUGAUGGGCUUUGUUGUCAACUACAGAAAUAAUCUACUAGUAGGUGUCACUAUACAUAGCAAGUAAUAGCUCAGAUUUUAGUACAAGUGAGACAAUGAAACGUAUCCAUCAAUAUCCAGUUAAUUUCUAAAGAAACUAUUCACAUUAAACAUAUGUAUAUCUCCUCUAGAAUCCAACUGAUAUUGCAUAAAUUAUCAAAAUAAAAAGAUAAAUACAGAUAUUCAAAGAUUUACUAAAGGAAUCUCUUUAGAAACUCCUAUCAGACAGAAUGCAGCAGUUAGCAAUAAACAGAUGCUGGCAACAGAUAAGAUACUAAUCGGUUAGGCUAUUUAACAAGCUCACUGCUUGCUGUAGUUCUCACUAAGCGGACACUUAAAACAGAGUAUCAAUACCUUUGAACAAUUUCACAUCAGUUUAAUUUCUUUACCAUCCAGUGACCAAGAAAAUUUGUAGUGAAAUUAAUGAUGCCCUUUAACAAGACCCCUUAUCUCACAUUAGAUCUUAGCAGUGUAAUGUUUAUACAAACUUGCAUUCCACAGCUUACUAUCUGGACUGUGAAUAAGAUAGGCACAAGCCUCCUCUUUUCACUUGAUAAAUAGUGUUUAUGAGAAAAAAAUAUCUGUCUUUUACAUGCUGCUAGCUAACAAUAUGGAGUCACAAUUGCUAAACAGUGACUUGCAUUAUUGCAUUGAUUUUACCCACAAAAUGUCUGACCGCUUCAACUGCCAGGAGCCCAAGUCAGUGUUGUUCUCUCGCACAUAUGUGAGAGGCUUAUGAAGCAUCCCGCAAGACUGCGGAAUCAAUUAUAGAGAGAUAACUUUUCUCCCCUCAGACGUAACUGGUGAGGGCUAAAGGCUCAACAGGCUUGACGAAAGGUAGCGCCGCCUCAUGUUAAGCGAAGCGUAGAAUACUAAGACAGACUAGUCCCUACAUUGUCUCAAUAUUUCUUUAAACUGGGUUGGAAUUUCAGUGAAAUUCCAACACAGACAAUGUGAGAUAAUGUUAUCUUUCUGAAAUACUAAUUUUGGAAGAGGAGAGGUGCCAAAGCUGCUUUAAUAAGUAAUUUAUUGUGACACGUUUCCAGCAAGCUCAGAACGUUGUGAGUUUUUUUUUGUUUGUUUUUUGUGAACUUAAUUUCCCAUGAUGCACUACCGAUCCAGGCUGAUGAUGAAUAUCAUUGGAUAUUUACUCCUAAACAGCUGGGUACCAACCACAAGAUUUUCAUCAUUUCUAUUAAUGAUCUGAAGUGUUCAGCAAGAAGCCAAGCCUUUUGUUUUUAUUUCUUAGGAAAUAACUAUACAGCAGAUAAUGGCCCACUUGGACUCAAUACGUAAAGACAUGGUUAUCUUGGAAAAGAGCGAGUUUGCCACCCUGCGGGCUGAAAACGAGGUACGAAACUAAGAGAUCAUUAAAAAUCUCUGCACUGCAUGUCUACUUCAUUGUCUGUACACAUAUCAUAUUAUUUGCUUUUGAGACUCAUCUGUCGUGAUUUCUCAGCUGUUGCUUAAAACGCAGCCAAUCUCUCUCAUCAGUAAACCUUCCAGGUUUUGAAUUUCAAAACUUCUAUAUCAUUUUUCUGAUCAAUAAAAUUGGUCCAUGGGGAAAAAAAUGUGUAGGAAUGAAAAAUUGUUACUUUAUACAUAGAAACAUAGAAACAUAGAAUGUGACGGCAGAUAAGAACCAUUCGGCCCAUCUAGUCUGCCCAAUUUUCUAAAUACUUUCAUUAGUCCCUAGUCUUAUCUUAUAGUUAGGAUAGCCUUAUGCCUAUCCCACGCAUGCUUAAACUCCUUUACUGUGUUAACCUCUACCACUUCAGCUGGAAGGCUAUUCCAUGCAUCCACUACCCUCUCAGUAAAGUAAUACUUCCUGAUAUUAUUUUUAAACCUUUGUCCCUCUAAUUUAAGACUAUGUCCUCUUGUUGUGGUAGUUUUUCUUCUUUUAAAUAUAGUCUCCUCCUUUACUGUGUUGAUUCCCUUUAUAUAUUUAAAUGUUUCUAUCAUAUCCCCCCUGUCUCGUCUUUCCUCCAAGCUAUACAUGUUAAGAUCCUUUAACCUUUCCUGGUAAGUUUUAUCCCGCAAUCCAUGAACCAGUUUAGUAGCCCUUCUCUGAACCCUCUCUAAGGUAUCAAUAUCCUUCUGAAGAUACGGUCUCCAGUACUGUGUACAAUACUCCAAGUGAGGUCUCACCAGUGUUCUGUAUAAUGGCAUGAGCACUUCCCUCUUUCUACUGCUAAUACCUCUCCCUAUACAACCAAGCAUUCUGCUAGCAUUUCCUGCUGCUCUAUUACAUUGUCUACCUACCAUACGUACAACUUUCAUUUGCUCUGAAUAUUUUAUAUUUUGUACAAAAAAAUUAAAUAAUGCUAUCCAGCAAAUGUUACAACAAGAGUAAGGUAGGCAGUUAAAGGAACACUGUGGACAAUGCCACUGCUUCAUUUUAUUGAAGUGGUUAUAGUGACUGGAGUCCCCAGGUGCCAUCCUUCCAUUUAAUGUUCUUAAUGUGUUAAUGUCAAACGAAAGUCCCCAGCAGGAAGCUUUAGACUAAACAGUGGUCAGCUGUGAUUGGAUGAAAGUGUCAGUUGACCAUGUUCAGCCUAUCACAGUGGUCAUUGCUGGUAUGGAUUGGUAUUGCUGGAAGCAACUGUGUAAUCUCUGAUUAGUCCAAGCAGCACAGAGGCGAUGGGUUACUGGGGACUCUCAUUUAGCAUUUAAAUCAAUAAAAAAUGUGUAAAGCUGAAUGGAAGGAAGGUGCUAAAGAACUCCAGACACUAUAACCACUUCAAUGGUAUGGAGCAGUUACAGUGAGUACAAUAUCCCUUUAAUGGGUAGGAGAGGUUUCCAGAUGGGUUCCUGAAUGUAUAUAUUUAUUGAUGGUUAAGCUUGCCAGGCAGGUCCCUUACUCUAAUGUAAUUAAUGGUUGAGUUUGCCAGGAAUGUUUCAUUCUAUGGAACGUGAUUGAUGGCUGUUACCAGGAAUGUCUCAUGAUAUAUAACGUGAUUGAUGGCUGUUACCAGGAAUGUCUCAAGAUAUAUAACAUGAUUGAUGGCUGUUACCAGGAAUGUCUCAUGAUAUAUAACGUGAUUGAUGGCUGUUACCAGGAAUGUCUCAUGAUAUAUAACGUGAUUGAUGGCUGUUACCAGGAAUGUCUCAUGAUAUAUAGCGUGAUUGAUGGCUGAGGUUGCCAGGAAUGUCGCAUGAUCUAUUACUUGAUUGCAAUGAAUGCAUAGAUUCCAAUUCUACACACCUGAUGUUAAAUUUUAGGGCAAUAUUUUAUCUGCUAACACAUUAAGAGAAUGACCUAUUCUGAAUAAAGGUAUCCACCUGAUAUGAAUUCUUUACCUUUUUUAUUUUAACUUCAUUUUCUGUUAAAACAGAUUAAAUAAAGCUGUCUAAUUCUAGCUGAAUUUUUUAUUUUCAUUCAUCCCCUCUGCCACCGAUAUUUUUAUGUGUCCUGUCUGUUGCCGUGGAUAUUGAAGAUUAAUCAGAUUUCUAUCGGGAUAACAUGGUGCUUGCAAAUCGUAAAUGUGUACCUGUAUCAGUAAGGGACUGGCUGGCCAUCUGACUGAAGAUAAAGGUUUCUAUGACAUGCCAUUGUACAUCAGGCUCCCCGGGCACAGCAAGUUGUUUCAUUAUCUGGGCUCAAUAUAUUGCAUCCUACAUGUUUUAGUGGUCCACAGAGAUUAGAAAACUGAGGAGCUGUUGGAGAAAAUUAGCGCUUCGCAUGUGUACAUCUACCAAAGCAUCAUACCAUACUAGUAGGCUCAAACUCUUUACAGAGAAAAAAAUAUUUGAUAGCUCAGUUUUGUGAUUAAAAAAAAUAAAUAAAAUUCUGUAAUAUGAGUGGGCUGUCUCCCUGUGAUGGGAGUGGGCUAUCUCCCUGCAGUGCAAAGAGCGACACGGCAAGUGAUAGAAGUAAAUUUUCUUUCAGAUUGGUAGCUCGUUUGGCAAGCCCCUCUUCACCUACUGCUCCUGAAUGUCAAACAUGUUUCGGAUGCGAAUUGGUUUAGUAUCCUGCCUUAUCGUCAAGCAGAGGGAAAAUAUCCACAGCUGCAUUGUAUCGUAUGACUUUAUCUUUUUCACUUACUUGGAGGAUGAGUGAAAGUCAAGCGCCUGCCAGCACGUACAGAAAGGAUAGCAGAAAGUGUGGAGUAGGACCGGGGGUUGGUAAAACUGGCAAGCUAUGAUUUUAAGGUGUCACAAUUACAACCAGAUGGAUAAUUGACUUGUGAAGGCCAAUUAUUUUAUACAUAUUUUUUCAUUAUUUUUUUAAGUGAUUUAACUCCUUAGCAGUAAGACUGUCGGGGCAUUAUCAAUACAACAAUUCACUCUAUUAAGCUAAAGUUGUUUAGGCGCUUGGACUGAUCUUUUAAUCUGUACAUGUACUAAAAAAAAUAACCAGUUAUAUGCCUCCCUAAUGGCAGUCACAGUGCACAGAAAAUAGAGGCAUGCAGCUAUGCCCUUUAAAAAGUGCUGAAUACCCCACUUGAUAAGUGUAACGGAGCUCCCUGUACCCCGCCUAGGUACCUCCGCCUAGCUGGAAUAGGGGAAAAACCUCAGCACUCCUGCUCCCAAUCGCGUGACUUGACUGGGGUCCUGGAACCAAAUGGGGAAACUCACUCUAUCCACCCCCAGGCACUGGACAACACUGAGUCCUGGGAGCUCUAGUCCUUACAAGGACUUUCCCCGUUGAAUCCUCCAAACUGGAACAAGCUGGAAUAGUUAUUAGCCCUUUCCCUUCCCAGUAACCAGACAACACAUAGUUCUGGGAGUACAAGCUGGAAGUCCAGCGGUGUUCGGGAGUUUCUGUAUCCGAUUUCAGUUCAUGAACUCAACAACCAAAAACACAGCUGCCUGCGUUCAUGCAAACAAGAUGGCCGCCACCUGUUAAGGCUCAAUCAUCCAAUACUUAUAGUCAGGGGAACCCAAAUUGUAUCAAGCGCUUGGAGAAGCAAUAAGACACACGACACGUGGUGAUAGUUGUGAAUCCAGAAGAAUUGCUUCUAGCUUUAAUUGGGGGAGAUCAGCUUUAUACAGUAGAGGAUACAUAAUUGCGUUCAAGGAAAGGAAUGUAAGAAGAGACAUAUUUCUAAAUGUCAAAAGACAAGCAGUUUACAGAAGUGCUCCGGUGGGGGCUGGUUUUUGUAAGUAAGAGAACUUAAUGUAGGACAACGUUAAUUUAAGCAUAAAGCGUUACAUGAGUCCAAGUUAGCCAAUUUUAAUAUAGGCUAGCCAUUUAUGGCACCUACAAGCUUGAGCCUUGGAAUCAAGGUACAUUCCUUCACACCACCUCGUGGUCGUUCAUACAGUAACAGUGCGGUGGAACGUGUUAUAAACUGUCAAUUAGGCUUAACAAGCUCCCGAGUGGUCCAUGGCUUGUGCGCCUGUUUGUUUCCCGAACAGGAUAGAGAAAGGGCACAAACAAUAUCUUUUAUGAGCCUUUUCGCAUGGCCCAUAGUCUUGUGGCAAGCAGGCUCCUCCAGGAGCUCGUGGCAAACUCACGUGGGAAGGGGAGUUUGUCACAAUAAGCAUUGAAGGAUAUCAUAUGGAGCGUUUUGGGGAAGAAUGAUCAAAGUUCAAACUGUAGCCGUUAUUUUUGUAGAUUUUUAACUUUACGGUAUAGAAAUAAAGGCGUGGAAAAUGGAAUCUUUACAUUUCAUUAUCCCAUUGCAUUAAUCAGAAAUAGCUGGAGGUUUACAAACAUCAGGAUUCCAAAGUUAGACACGUGAUGAUGAAACUGUAUCUCAUCAGAUGAAUGUAUCAAUGGCCAUCAAUGUAUUCAAAAUCAUUUUAAAAAUGCAUAAAAGAAACCUGUAUUCCUUCUCGGUAAUUUCAUUUACAAAAUAUUUACUGGUAAGUUUUUGUGUUUUGGUUUUUUUUUUCCUGUAGAAAAUGAAAAUUGAAUUGGAUCAUGUGAAACAGCAUCUCCUGGUAAGUGAUGAGAAUUCCAAUUAGUUGACUGUUUCUACUCUAUUGCAGUUACAGGUAUUUUUAUUAUACUAUAUUUAUAAAGAACCAGCGGGAACAACUGGCACAAGUAAAAAGACAAAGGUACAAUACAUCUAAGAGAUCAAAAAAAUUUGACACACAAAUAUAGGAGUUGAGGCCCCUCUUCCUGUGGGAACUUACAAUGUAGAUAGAUUGGUGGAGACUGCAAGGGUGGGAACGAUGUUAAUAGAGAGUGAGAUGAGGCAAUUUAUUGGGUUAGUGGAAUGUGUUGGGUGGUAGGCUCAGUGGCCAAACUAAUAAAGAUAGGGCCCUGGUGCAAGACGUUUUUUGGGUCCCUUCUAGACCAAAAGGUAUAUCCUCAUCUGUCGUACAGCUCCCAUAAUGCUAUGCCAGCUGGGGAUCUAUCCUUUAGCCAUCCUUGAUGUUUUGUAUUUGUGAACAGUGUUUGUGCAUUUUAAUGUAAGCAUGUGUUUGCAUGAAGUAUAUGUGUGCAUGUAUGAAUGCAGGGGUGUGUUUGUAUGUAGUGUUGGCUUUUAAAUGCGGGUGUACAUUUUUUGUGCAGUAGUGGUGUUUGAAUGAAGGGAUGUGUUUUGAAUGCAGGGGUGUGUUUGUAUGUAGUGCUGGCAAUUGUGUGUAUGUACUUACAUCCCAGCAAUGAAACAUACUUACACAGAUAUACAUACAUGUUAACAACCCCAGAUACACACAUUCAGUUUCACUCAAGUGUUGGGAAUGGAAGUCAGAUUGUGGGGGGUCAGGUAGGGAGUUGGAGGACAGGUAGUGGGCUAUGAGUUUGGAUGUUAGUGGAAGCAGUGAUAUGGGGCAGUAGUCUGCAGUACGGAAGAACGUUUGCAUGUUUUGAAAGAGAAUGGGAAUGAAGUCAUAUAGAAAACCAGCAUCUGUUAGUCCUGUGAGCCUUUACGAGCAUUGUCUGUGUUUGGCUGCCAAAGGGUAAUGGGAAUUACUGUCCACUAAAUGCUGGAGCCUCUCUCUAGUAUUGGACUUCCCCUGACAUAAUGAUUAACGUAUAGUUUUAGCUAAGCCUGUCUGAAAACAGUCUAUGGUACUAAUGUGUUAAACAUCCCUCAAAUGUAUCAUUUUGUUUGUUUUUAGGAAUAAUUGCAAGUUUUUUUUCUACUUUUAUUUCUCUCAAUUACUUUUCAGAAUGAAACCAAUAGGAUCCGUGCAGACACCAAAUUGGACAUCAAUCUUGAAAGGAGUCGUUUGGCAGACAUGGUAAUUUAUUCAGUAUUUGGGGAGGUUUUUCCAAUUACCAUAACCACUACAGCCCGCUGAGUACCCUGCGAGGCGCCAACUCCAUAUGUGUAGCGCUUCAAAACACUGCACAUGCUGACUCCAGGCACCAUGACCACUUUAAAUAACUGAAGUGGCCAUUGUGCUUUGAGUAACCCUUUUUAUAGACAUACCUCAAGCACCACAUGUUAGAUGCAGUCUGUUGGUAAGUUUACACUUAAUAUGCUGGGUGACGUUAUUUUAUUAAAAAAAAAUAUUUUUAGUCUUUUUGGGUUUUGAAAACAAAUUAUUUUUUAUUUUUUUGCUCUGUUAGCCAUUUCAAGUCAUUGUUAGGUUUUAUUAGUUUAAAUAUGUUGUUUUGUUUUUUUCUCAAUGUAUUCACCAUAUAAUGAGUUAAAUAGAAUAGGCCAUGGUGGAGUGUCCCUUUUUAGAUGUGAAAUAUGUGUUUUCCAUUUUACCAUUCCUAGUUCCACAUGUAACCCAGUUCCUGACCAUGUAUAUCAGAUAGAAGAAAAUAAUAAUUCACUUUUGGGUUUACUAAGAUGCACAAUAAACAUUUAUGCUCUGGUGUUGGCUGUCAGGAACCAGUUUAGGGAAGGAGCUGAGCCCACCAGAGAUUUCUCUGUUUCAGCAAAGUCACCUAAAGUGACAUGGUCAUAAUUUGAAAAAUGUUACGUGAUAAAGUGAGACACGCCAUUUAUCAAGUUACUCUACUGCCACCUAGGGGUUAUAAUUGAAAAUGACAACUAAGUUGAAUUUUAUACACUCAUUACUCAGCAUUCUACCUGCUAAACUAUGUAGGGUACAUCACUGUACAUGCGCUUUAAGGGACAGGCCAGAAUCCUAAAGCACUUUAAGCUCGCAGAAACGCUUUGUGUGUAAAUAGUGAAAAAAGUGCAGAUUUCAGUAGAAAUUGACACUUUUAUAAGUUAACCUGGUUACACCCCCUUGGCACUCAAGCAGACAGCACGUAAAACUACUUAUUUUCACCUGCUGUCUGCCUUGCAAAUACCUCUAAUGGAGUUGCAUUGAGUUGUGUAUGUUACAAUAACAUUAUUAGUUAUAUAAAAUAUAUUUUUAUUUUUAUUGGCCAUAAGAAUGCUAAUAAAUGUUCUCAAUAUCUUUUGGCUUUGUGUACAAUAAAAUAACAUUUUGGUUUUUGUGCUCACCCAAGUCUUUCCGUGCCCCUUUACUUAACGGCCAAUGUGCUCAUUAGUUGGGAUAUUGAUGCAAACCUCAAGCCUCAAAAAAAAAAAAAAACCUUUAAAGGAAUAGAAAGAGGAGGUGAAACAGAAGCAAUGUUUCCUGACUGUACCUGCACUGAACUAGAUUUUGUUUCUAACUUUUUUUUUUUUUUUAAUUCUUUAUUUUGAGUUGUGCAGAAGGUUACAGAACAGGCUUGUGCUGCCACAACAACAACAACAACAAGCAAUUACAUCAGACAUAGAAUGAUUGCAGCAUGGCAGACGAAAUUAAUGCACAUUUUUAUGGUUAUGAAAAAUAUUCGGUGCGGGCUAGGCACAUAUGUGCGUUAUUCGGGUGAGGUUCGGUAAUUGAACCAGCAAAACAAUCUGGGUUUAAGAUUACUAUCAUGCGAGUACUUUGGAAGCUUACACUACCUUAGUUCGUUGAGUAGUAAUAAUAGCAGGAUUAAUAACAAGGUAGGAUUUAUAGACAUACUGCUUAGAGUUCUAUACUGUAUUGGGCAUACAGGCUGCGUGUAGCUCGUCUAGGUUAGCUUAUAGGAGUAUAUAACUAAGCUGCCCAAAAGCUUAUUGCUGAGCAUGGGAAGCUGUUGCCUAACAAAUGGAAAGCUACAGCAUAGAUGAGGUUUAUUAUAGCUAGUACAGUAGUAGGGUUAAGUAUAUACACGCUAAAGCAGGGUUGUUUGCAUUUCAACUGUGUCAUUAGGAUCAAGAUCAUGCAGUAAACAGUAGAAAAUGGUAGGGCAACGUGUUGAGGGUAACGAAAAACACCAGGGCAGCUUAUUGAUAUUGACAUCUCAGAGCUGCAACUCACUAACGGUAGUCCCUUGCACAGUUCAUCUGAUGCCUGACAUCGUGAGGUCAUGGGAGCUUGCAUGAGGUGCACAGAGGGCUCGUGAAAAAUCCCCGAUGCGGUGGGCCACGGUCGGCUGAGGGAUUGGCCACCUCCCCUGCGCCUAGUCACUAGGGUAGGCCGCAUGUAGGCCUCAGGUUCGUCCCCUGUCUGCGAUCACCCAGUCGGGUCGCUGCUUCGAGUUAGCCUCCCUUCCAUAUCAGACCCCUAUUUCUGGGGCUUAAAAGCGGACGAUUCGUCAUUUGUGGAGGUACUUUUGGCUUAAUUUGGGCUGUUUGGCCCGGAGGAGUCGACCACGUGCGACCACUCAGCUAGGCUGUCAAGCCCCCUUCCCCGUUUCUAACUUUUUAAUACAUAUUUAAGAGCAUAAAACAAAAGAAAAUGUUAACAUGAGGCAUAUGUGAUUUAUUCUAGUUUAAUGUCUAGAGAAGUUACAGUUUCUCUUUAAUCGUCACUCUGUCAGAUGCCCUUUAACUAAGCACUGCUAUAGAACAGAUUUGACCAUUUAGAGAGGCAGAUUUAGUGUUGGCCGUCUGAACGGAAUUCUUGGAGCGGUUAUUCUUAUUUAAGGGGAGUAGCACUGAUUAUCACCCUGAGAGUUGGGGCUUUUUAUAUGGUGUAAUUGGGGGCGGGUGAUGCUAAAGUCGUAUAAUGCAUAUUUCGUGAUCUGCAAUAACAUUUUUUUAAUUGUUACUUUUCAGUUUACUGAGCAAGAAAAGAAGCUAAUGGAAAACAACACAGAAUUUCAUAAAAAGGUAAUUGUAAAAGAAAGGUGUGCAUUGAUUGUAAGUAAGAAAUAAAUAAAAAAAAUGGUAUAGAAAAUGAUACAAUAUCAAUUCAUGAUUAAAGUAGGCAGGACACAUUUGAGAGAAGUUUGGGCAUUUAAUGUUUCAAAAAGGAGUGACACAAAAAGAAUAAAAUGGUGUGACUAGAUGGGCCACUUUGAUAUAUGUUUGUUUUGGUAAUACGAUUUUGAAAAAAAAAAUGUUUUUCUGCUUUCAAGUUUACAAAUCAGUUUAAUGUAUUUGGAAACUGAAUAAUGUAUUAUCCCCAUUUCAUUACGUCUGGACUGGAUAAGCCAAUAUAAUAAAAAAAAAAAUAACAUUGUGUAAUUAAAGGGACACUAUAGUCACCAGAAGAGCUAUAGCUUAUUGUAUUUGUUCUGGUGAGUAGAAUCAUUCCCUUCAGACUCUUUGCUGUAAAAACUAACUUUUUAGAGAAAAUGCAGUGUUUACAUUACAGCCUAGUGAUUUACUUCACUGGCCACUCCUCAUGUGGCUGCUAGAGGUGCUUCCUGGAGUAGUGCUGCACAGUGUGACUGACAUUCAGUAUCUCCACCCUCUGCAUGCAGGCUCUGAACUUUCCUCAUUGAUUCAAUGCAUCUCUAUGUGGAGAUGCUGAUUGGCCAGGGCUGUAUUUGGCUUGUGCUGGCUCUGCCCCGGAUCUGCCUCCGUCACAGUCUUAGCCAGUCCUAUGGGGAAGCAUUGUGAUUGGCUCAGACCACCACUUUUUAUGAUGUCAGCAGGCAGUUUAGAGGCAGACAGGGGCAGAACCAGCAACUGCAGACUUGAAUAAAAGUAAGAUUGUACAAUAUUUAGGGAGGCCAGGGGGGGCUAGAUGGUGGUUUUAACACUAUAGGGUCCGGAAUACAUGUUUGUGUUCCUGACCCCAUAGUGUUCCUUUAAGUUUAGGUAUCUCUGAACAGUCUAAACAAGAAAUAAGUGUGGGCCUUAUGUUUAUGCAUUAGUCAUCCUGUGUUUAAAAUAAAUGCUGCUCUUUAAUGACAUAAUGAACAUAAUGAAGGGGUUAAGGUGUCUCCUGUACCAAAUUCAUUGACCAAAAGUGCUGCAUCUUUCAUAAUAAAUGCAUAGAAGCAGGGCAUGCUGUUUUUAUGUGCUAACAGUAACGCACACUCAGCAUAGGGUACACAACAAACAUUGGAGUAGGUUUUUAGUUUCAAACUUAAUCUUUAUUUUGGAUUUAUUGCAGAAUGCAAGUACAGAUGGCAUUAUUACAGAAAUUCACAAGAAAAUAGAUAUUGACAUCGCUUCUCUCAAAACACUUAUGGAAUCUCAUAAACUGGAUACAAUACGCUAUCUGGCAGGUAAGAUCCAUGACCACAAGGCACUGAAAGCCUCUGCAUAGUGUUUAACAAAUCUGCUUUAAACAGGCAUUUUGGUUAAGCUCCACAGUCUCCUAACAUUGAGGAACUUGGGUGAAUUGAUAAUGCAAAGCACUCCAUUAUUGUUGUCGGCAUCAUAUAACUUAGACAAUAUUAAUUAGCUGGUUUAGCCUGCCUCCAUCGAUCACUCUCAGGGAAUUGAUGUUGUCCAGGUGCAGCUAAGAUGAGUGGUUAUUUAGUGUUAAGAACACCCUCGGUUUAUAUCAAACCAUUCUUAUAAGAUUUGAUAUUAAAUGGGGGGAUGGUGCCAUAGGACUCUAAGCUUAAAAGGGACAUUCCACUAUAAAAAAAAAAUCAUUGUUAAGUUGCUAUAUCCAUAGUGAAAGUAUGUACCUAUUUUAAUGCAUUUUUCUUUGAGGGUAUAUCUUAAAACAGCUUGCAAAAACAGCAAAUUUCUUGUCUGCUGCGUUUGCAAGCCCUCCCCUUCAAAUCCCACCCAAACUUUCUGUGGCUGUCCAAUCAGACUUCUAAUGCAGAAGUUUUUGUAAUGUAUGUGCUCUGGGCAAUUGGUGCCGCUUGAGUUUAGCUACACUUAAAGUUAAACAAACCAGAAAGUAACAAGACCUGCUGCCUGAAUGACAGCCAUGGGUGCGUAACAAAGUUAAUUUAUGAAAGUGUCCAUUUCUAUUGAAAUCUACACUUUUUGUAAAAUCAAAAAAAGACACACUCUUCACACGUUAAACUUCAGAUUGUUUGGAGUGUUCCUUGAAAGCAACUCUCUUACCUCAAAACAAUUUUAUCUCAUUGAAACUGCUUCAGUGAGCUGUAGUACUAAUGUUACCUAUAGAUAAUGCAUUAAAAUAUUGUAGGGGUAAUUGUGAGACAAAAAACUGAAUAGUAUGUCUGACAAUAUGCAAAAAUAAAUAAAUGUAUAAAAACCAUACUUUUUAGUAUUUCUGCAUUUUCUAAUAAUCCUCAUGUAUGGAGCUUCCUGCCAUGAGCUCUACACAAACUAGGAAAUAGCAGACGGGGGCACUCCAGGCACUAAAUCAGCUUUAAUCUGUCAAUGUGCUGUAUUUCUGCAUGCUCAAGUAUAGAAGUUUUUUGCAAAAAUAACAGAAACGUUUUGCAGCUUGCCCUCAUAGCCAAUGCCACCCCCCCCCCUUUUAGCCCUGUACUUAGAACUUAGUUACUGACAGCACUGGACAUUGAGCUUGGCUACAGGGAGACCAAAAGCUGGCGUGACACGGUAAGGAUACAGGGAAACACGCAGGACGUAUGUCUGUACAUGCCUGCCAUUCACUGUGAAUGUCUACUAAACCGUGCUUUCAUAGCCCAGUGUUGUGUGAGCGCACCUGGUUCUAAAAGCACCAUUUUGUAGACAUUUAUAAUUCUAACCAGCAUUUACUGAACAUGAUGCAUGUGUCAUCCCCACGGUCUUACAAGUACUUGGAUGUUGGUAACAAACAUUUAGCAAAAUCCUGCAUACAGGAACACUGUGACAGGGGACAAUCUAACCCCAUAACUACAGAAAGAGUAUGGACUCUAGAUGUUGUUGUUGUUGUUAUUGCCAUUUAUAUAGCGCCAACGGAUUCCGUAGCGCUUUACAAUAUUUUGAGAGGGGGGGUGUAACAAUAAAUAGGACAAUUACAAGAAAACUUACAGGAACAAUAGGUUGAAGAGGACCCUGCUCAAACGAGCUUACAGACUAUUGGAGGUGGGGUGUUUGAAACAUUAGGACAAUAAAUAUCAAGUAGGAGUGAAGCAGAGCUGGAGGAGAGAGCAAAGCACUGUCCCAUAGGAGAGAGCAGGAGGCAGGUAUGUAAGGUAGAGAUUACUCUGGGAGGCCAUAAGCUUUCCUGAAGAGAUGGGUUUUAAGGCCCUUCUUAAAUGAUUGAAGACUAGGGGAGAGUCUGAUGGCAGUAGGCAAGCUAUUCCAUAGGAGAGGAGCCGCCCGCGAGAGGUCCUGCAAGCGCGAGUUGGCCGUACGGGUGCGAGCAGCGGUCAGGAGGUGGUCACGGGCAGAGCGGAGGGUACGUGGAGGGGCAUAUUUAUGGAUCAGUGAAGAGAUAUAAGCGGGGCUAGAACUGUUCAGUGCUUUAAAUGUAUGGGUUAGCACUUUGAAUUGACUCCUAUAGCAUACAGGGAGCCAAUGUAAGGACCGGCAGAGGGGUGAGGUGUGAGAGGACCGACUAGAGAGGAAAAUCAGUCUAGCUGCAGCAUUCAUUACAGACUGUAGCGGGGCAAUACGGCUUUUGGGGAGACCAAUCAGGAGAGGGUUACAGUAAUCCAUGCGGGAAAUUACUAGAGCAUGGACAAGCUCCUUGGUAGCAUCUUGCGUAAGAAAGGGGCGAAUGCGGGCUAUGUUUUUGAGUUGGAACCUACAGGACUUGGCAACAAACUGGAUGUGAGACUCGAAGGUGAGACCAGAGUCAAGUAUGACGCCAAGACAGCGCGCUUGCAGGGAUGGACUUAUGUGGAUAUCACUGACUUGAAGGGAGAGCGAGAGAGGAGGAUCAGUAUUAGGAGGAGGAAAGACAAGGAGUUCAGUUUUAGAGAGGUUAAGUUUCAGAAAGCGUGAAGACAUCCAGUCAGAGAUGGAAGAAAGGCAAGCAGUGACACGUUGCAGGACAGCAGGGGAGAGGUCCGGGGAGGAGAGGUAUAUCUGAGUGUCAUCAGCGUACAGGUGGUAGUGGAAUCCAAAAGAGGCAAUCAGUUUACCAAGAGAGGCGGUAUAAAGAGAAAAUAGAAGGGGACCAAGGACAGACCCUUGGGGAACUCCAACCGAGACAGGACGAGUGGAGGAGGUAUCCUUGGAAAAGGAGACACUGAAUGAGCGUUGGGAGAGAUAGGAGGAAAACCAAGAGAGGACCGAGUCACAGAGACCGAGCGAUUGAAGAGUUUGAAGGAGGAGAGCAUGAUCAACGGUGUCAAAGGCAGCAGAGAGGUCAAGGAGAAUUAAUAUGGAGUAAUGACCUUUGGAUUAGCGGAGAUUAGGUCAUUAGUGACUUUGAUAAGAGCAGUCUCAGUAGAGUGGAGAGGGCGGAAGCCAGACUGAAGAGGGUCAAGGAGAGAGUUGGAAUUAAGGAAGCGGGACACACGGGUAAAGACAAGCCUUUCCAAAAGCUUUGAUGAGAAAGGGAGCAGGGAUAUGGGACGAUAGUUAGAAGGGGAGGAUGGGUCAAGAGAUGUUUUUUUCAGGAUAGGUAUUACAGUGGCAUGUUUAAGGUCAGCAGGAACAGUGCCAGAAGAGAGAGAGCAGUUAAAGAUGUGUGUUAGGGUAGGCACAAGACAAGGGGAGAGAGAUCUGAUGAGGUGAGAUGGGACAGGAUCGAGCGGGCAAGUGGUGGGGCGAGAGGAAUGGAGAAGCGCAGCCACCUCUUGUUCAGUAGCCGGGUAGAAAGUCUGGAGGGUAGGGAAAGCAAGAUUUACAUGUGGUUGAGAAAGAGAACGGCAAGGAGGGGAGAAUUGUUUCCUUAGCUGUUCAAUCUUGUCGGUAAAGUAGCAUGCAAAGCUAUCAGCUGUAAGGUUAGUUUGGGGGGUGGCCACAGCAGGGCGGAGAAGGGAAUUAAAGGUGUCAAAGAGGCGUCUGGGAUUGCGGGAGCAUGAACUAAUGAGAGAGGAAAAGUAUGACUGUUUGGCGAGGGCUGCGCUGUAUGAAAGCAACAUGAAUCUAUAAUGGAGAAAGUCUGCCUGGGUGCGGGACUUCCUCCAGGAGCGUUCAGCACAACGGGAGCAACUCUGCAGAUAGCGUGUUGAUUUAUUAUGCCAAGGUUGGGGUCGUGUCCUCCUCGAGGUGCAUGUUUUGAGCGGGGCUGCAGCGUUCAAGGCAGAUGUGAGGGUAGUGUUAUAUGUGGAGAUGGCCAGUGAGGGACAGGAGAGGGAAGGGAUGGAUAGCAGUUGUGAAUCAAUGUCAGCUGACAGCUGCUUGAGGUCAAUAGAGUUAAGGUUCCUCCUGAGCUGAGGGGGGUUAGGCUGAGAUUGUUGGGUGAGGGGGUAAUUGAGAGCAAAUGAUAAGAGGUGGUGAUCAGAGAGAGGAAAUGGGGUGUUGCAGAUAUUAGAUAUUGUACAUGAAGAAGAGAAAAUAAGGUCGAGGGUAUUGCCAGCUACAUGAGUGGGAGAAUUAGCCCACUGCAAAAGUCCAAGGGAGGAAGUGAUUGAAAGUAGUUUAGAGGCUGCUGGGGUCAAAGGUGGGUUAAUGGGAAUAUUGAAGUCUCCAAGAAUUAGGGAUGGGAUGUUGGAAGAGAGGAAGUAGGGUAGCCAGGCAGCAAAGUGGUCAAGGAAGAGGAGAGGGGAACCAGGGGGACGAUAGAUUACGGCAAUGUUAGCAGAGAAGGGUUUGAAAAGGCGAAUUGAAUGAAUUUCAAAUGAUGGGAAAGAGAGGGAAGGGGGGGUGGACAGGGUUUUAAAGGUGCAGUGGGGUGAGAGAAGAAAACCUACACCGCCACCUUUAAUCUCCGCUUGUCUUGGGUUGUGGGUAAAGUGAAGACCACCAAAAGACAGUGAGGCAGGUGUAGCAGUAUCAGAGGGAGAGAGCCAUGUUUCUGUUAGUGUUGGGGACUAUAUCUCCCAUAAUGCUGGCAAAGCAUCAGGGGAGAUGUAGUCCAUAACAUCUGGUCUACUGAAGGCUGCCUGCCCCCAGAUAGACUGGUAGGGUGUUUGGAUAUUCCUGUUAUGGAUCUAAUUGUGAUUGAUUAUACUAUGAGUACCAUGCUGCCAUUCAUUUAUUUUUAUUUUUACAGCUUCUGUAUUUACAUGCCUGGCAAUAGCCUUGGGAUUUUAUCGACUGUGGAAAUGA